CAGCGCCUGUACUAAAAUCAGUCCCAGUCGAGGUCCUUACACGUCUGUCUUUGGUUUUUAUCCACUCUAUUCAGAGAUGAUUUUGAAACAUGUCAUAUUUUAAUUUUUAAUAGUCCACAUUUCAGCAGUUGUGUCGCUUUCACUUUUUGAUCGCGAGCUCCAGACGGUCAGCGCUUGACUUUUGGUCACGAGGACCAGCAUGCGGAAGAGUCUCGAGGAUCUGAUUAUCAACAAGAGGCUAACAGCUAGCUUAACUUAACGGCGGCGGAAGGUAUUACCAUCGUCUUUUGCGUCUAAAGUCGACCUUUGGCCAAAAUCCAAAAUGUCAUCGGAGGAAGUUGAGAAGUUGCACGAAAUCUACAAAUCUCUGUACGACGAGCUCAAGCUGAUGCCAGACAGGGCUCUGCGCUGCCACGGAGAGGAGAAGAAGAAGUUGAUCCGAGCCUUCGAUGAACGGCAGGGGGAGGCUGAGGAAGUGUUACAAGGAAUGGAGGAGGAGUUGCGCUCGGCCCCUUCCUCCUACCGAAACGCGAUGACGACCAAGCUGCGGCUGUACCGCCGAGACUUGGGCAAGCUGCAGAGGGAGAUCAGGAGCCCCGACGUUGGUUUUGGUUCCUCCUCCAGGCCAGUGGAGGGAGCUCAGCAAGGCAUCUACUCAUCACAGAAUCAACACAGUACACACUUGCAGUCCCAGAGAGCCUUGCUGCUGCAGGGCACAGAGUCUCUCAAUAACGCCACCAAAAGCAUCGAGCGAAGCCAGCGCAUCGCCGCCGAGACAGACCAGAUCGGCACAGAUGUCAUCGAGGAGCUGGGAGAGCAGAGGGAGCAGCUGGAGCGUGCCAGGAACAGAUUGGUCAAUACUGGAGAGAACCUGAGUCGAAGCCGAAAGAUCCUGCGCGCCAUGUCACGCCGGCUGAUGACCAACAAGCUGCUGCUAGCUGUCAUCAUUUUAAUGGAGCUGGCCAUACUGGGUGCUGUGGUCUACCUGAAGUUCUUCAGAAAAUGAGCAGCCUGCACUGCACCGCCUGCGACCAACAGGCAGCCAGGCCGGGCUCCACUUUCCACCUGCCUCCUCACAGACUGUCCAGUCGAAAUAAUGCUGUCCUGCUGUCUUCAGUCAGCUGUCUUUGUUCCCACGGGGAGUACAAUAAGGACAUUUUCAUGGUUCAGUCUUAAUGUGGACCUUGCUUGUGGAGCUUCUGCUGCUGGAACAGGAUGAAUUCUUUUACUGAACUGGUUUGUGGACCAGACCCACGGAACCUGCGAGGAGCUGUUAAUCAAAUGGAAUUGAGAGCUGCACUGUUUUACCAGACUUUUUUUCUGCCACCCCUCUGCAUCUGAGAUGAUGCCCUGGAGGAUGAUGGACCUCCUGGACUUGUGCUCUGGCUGCUACAGACUCCAGAGCAGAUUCACUGGAAGAGACAAUCCAGCUCAGAGUGUACGAGAAGACUGACACCCCCCCACACACGAAUGCUCUGGAGGUGGGGGAAGAUUUGUGAAACGUUUGUUAAAGCACUUUGACUCAGCAGUUUUGGAAGGUUUGUGAAUUCUCAGAUUGGGAUACCACUUCUUAUGCAUACUCUGUAAUAUUAGCAAUCAAACCAAUUAUAUUAAGCUGUUACAAUAGUAAGCUAUGUGAUGAAAUAGCAGCUGUCGAAUCUAUUUUUGUAAUUUAUUCCUGCCUGUAUUCAAGCUGGUUGCAUAAAGCACAUUUAGCGUCUUUUUUUGUGAAAUGUAUCUCCACUUCUGAGCACUGAGACCUGAAUUCCAGAUCGCCGAGUCAAAGAGAGGUAUGAAUGUGAAAGAAUGUAUGGAACCUCCUAAUACAGAUGCAAUGUUUUACGGUUAAUUAUGAUAUUGCCUAAUCACUGUACAGUACAAAGAUGACUGUUGGAAUCAUGCCUGAGGUUUUCUUAUUUUGCUGUCUUCACAGUAUUAAAGCUAACCUUCAACCUGG